GGCGUGGCCAUGUUUUAACGUCAUCGGGCACGCACAGAAGUGGAUCUCCAGAUCCAAAAUAAUUGCGCGAUCAGAGUGCGUUAAUUUGCAACAGAUUCCUGUUCCUCCAGGAUUAUGGAUGAGAGAGAGCACGAUCUCGGAGCUUUUGACCCAAGUAUUCCUGAGGAGGGUCCUUCAGUCCCACCUGCAGGCUGGUUGGACAGUGUGACAGGCUAUGAAGACCAUAAAGGUGGAGACUGCACAGAUCAGACCUACCCUCCUCCGCCUGACUUAAUUCCCGAGCCUGAGAAUGACAGGAGUGCCUCCAUCCCCAAUGUGAUGCUGCCUCAGGUGUCUGAAGAUGUGGCCAGGGAGGCUUUGCUCAAGUUUGUGGGGAAAAAAUGGACAUACAGCAGCAAACCCGCCCAGAACCUGGUCUUCAAGGAUUUGAGGCCUUUUACAGUAUACCGUUAUCGCUUGGAAACAUUUACAGAGUCCAGAUCAAGUGCCUGGGAGCAUGAGAUAUAUACUGGUCAGUAUGUGGACGGGCCGCAGUAUGGCAGCAUCCCUCCUCCGUGGAAGGUAGAAGUGCAAUAUCCACCCAAAUUUACCGACACGGUCCUGAAAGUGCGUGUGCCUCACACCUCAUCUGUAAAGCCUUGUCAUCAGUGCCAGGGGAAAGGACGUGUGCGCUGUACACACUGCCAUAGCAGAGGAUGGAUCAGCUGUAUGUCCUGUCAUGGCACUGUACAUGGCAGGAAAAGAAAAUGUGUUGGCUGCCAUGGAAGGGGAAGAAAAGUAUGUACAUGGUGCCAUGGUAGUGGUCACAAAACAUGCCGCAAGUGUAAUGGGCGUAAAAAGCUUUUGCAUUUCCUUCAGCUCACUGUCACGUGGAAGAACCAAGUGUAUGAGUUCAUACCUCACCGGCUGGCUGAGUUCCCCAUAAAGAAGUUUGAGAAAGUGUCUGGGGCAGCGUUCUUUAUAGAUGAAAGUCUACUGGUCUAUCCAAUCGUAGGCUUCCCUGACCAGGAUAUUUGCAACGCUUCCAAAGAAGCCAUCCACGAGCACCUGAAUAAAUACUCUGUUGUCAGUCGCAUUUUGCAACAGAGACAGUCAGUGGAGUUGGUGCCUCUUACUCAAGCCUUCUACUCCUACAAUGGGAAAAUCUAUGACUAUUUCGUUUACGGGACGGAAAAGAAGGUCCACACCACAAAAUAUCCGACUUCCUGCACUGUCCUGUAGCACCUCACCUUACGACUUUAUUAAUUCAAUGUGAAAAAAUGGUCUUUUUAAAAACAUAUAUUAUUAAAUCCUGGCUGCUGAGCAGUGCCUUAAAGAGAUUAUAAUAUAUGCUUCUGAUGCAAAAACAUAACCAUAUGCAGAAUGAUGAGAAUAUGUGCCAAGGAAACGAUUUGUCAGUUGUAAGGAUUGUAAUUAACGCAUGAAUGAAUGUUUAAUUAAUUUAGGCUUAUUGUAUAUUACACAAUAUUACUGUUGAAAAUCUUUAUUAAUAUCGUAAAGUAAUUCAGGUUAGUGCCAAUUUAAUAUAAAUACUUUAUGUACACUAUAAUUUUUUUUAAAGGUUUUGAUCAUUUUUUUGUUACCAAUAUGUACUAAAUAUUUAUAUGCCCCUUUGUAACAGUGCUCUGAAUUUGAAUAAA